CGCCUUGUUCUUUUACCUCAAUUCAGGUACUGGAAAGGUAGAUUUUUUUGCAUUCCAAAUAACGGGAGAGGGGACAAGCGGUCAGUGUUGUCGUCGGUCGUGGUAGUUGAGUGAACACCGAGCCGUGGUGGUGGGGCAAGUGCCAUUUUGUACGAUGAUAGAGAUGCAGGUACAACAACGACGACAUCGUGCUUGAAUCAGCGAUGGAGCGAGAUUGUAUAAAGAUGUCUUGUUUGGACCUUGGAUGAGUAUCAUCAUCAGCUCAUCUCCAAAGGCAUCCAGCAAAGCAAUACAGUACCGAAAUGUUCCCAUCUCUCUCAACCGUCUCCGCUAUCCAAGCUCUCUUCAUUGUCAGUUCACUGGCAAGACCAUGGGCUGAACCAGCAAACAGCCCCUUCAAAAGCACUACGGGAUUCUCGAAUCCAACAUUCUCGACCUCUGCUGGAGGAUUCGCAGAUUGUAUUUCCGGCCACAUCAACCUACCCAUAACCUCUCCAUCCACGAAACUCCUCAUCACAGAACCCAAAGACCAAUACUCGCUCACAGCCACCUUCUUCGACUUCCUAAAAGCCAACUCCUCGCUAGCAACAACCAUCAAUGGAGGCCCCUCCACCGUUUCCGGAAACUUCAACAUUGCCGCCAAACUCUGCUACCCGAAGAAUUGGUCUUGCGAAAGCGGUAACGCAACGGUCCAGUUCCUUACUCAUGGUAUCGGGUUCAACCAAUCGUAUUGGGACUUCGCCGAGGGCUACAGCUUCAUCGACGUCGCCGCCAAAGCCGGCUACCCAACCUUCUCCUUCGAUCGCCUUGGAGUAGGAGCUUCAGAUCACCCCGACCCAAUCCAGGUAGUCCAAGCCCGCAUCCAAGUCCAAAUCAUCCACUCCCUCGUCUCGCUCCUCCGAGCCAGUAAGCUCGCCAACCAAGCCUUCAAGAACGUCAUCGGGGUAGGCCACUCAUUCGGCUCCAUUCAGUCCGUUGGCCUCCUGUCCAUCUACCCCAAGGAUUUCGAUGCCGUGGUGUUAACUGGUUUCUCAACCAGUUCAUUAGCCAUCCCGUUGACGUUUGCGGAUUUCAAUUCUGCAAUUGCGAAUCAGAACCAGCCGGCACGGUUCGCGGGGUUGCCGAACGGGUAUCUCGUCGUUGAUAAUGCCAUCGGUGAUCAAACCGCCUUCUACGCUUACCCGAACUUCGACCCUGCUCUCUUCCUCAACGCCGACACGCACAAACAAACCUUCACCCUCGGCGAAUUCUUCACCCUGACCUCGAUCAUCGCCCCCUCGCCCAACUUCACCGGCCCCGUCGACGCCGUGAUCGGCGAGUUCGACUUCAUCUUCGCGCAGGGCAACGCGAGUUAUCCCACGGAUCAGGCGGCGCUGGUGCAGCCGGCGCUGUUUCCGGGCGCGAGGAGGGAGGGGUCCAGGAGUUUGAUUGUCGGGGGCGCGGGGCAUGCGAUUAAUUUGCAUUUUGAGGCGCAGGAGAUGUUUGGGCAUGUUCAGGGGUUUGUGGGGGGGAAUGGGUUUUAAAGGGUGUUGGAUUUGAAUGUAGAUAGAUAGUUAGCGUCGAGUUCGAAGGUAGAUGGGUAGAGUCGAGAUGGAUGGAUGUAUGAGUAAUGUAUUUUGUUUCUUUAGAAGGGGUUAAUUAAUUUUAGUAUACUUUGUACAGAGUAG